GUGACAUGAACUACCAUACCUCCCAAAUAUUUUUUACAUUUUAUAUAAACAUUAGACAAAUUUAUUCUAGUAGUAAUACACACAAACCAUACAACUUGUACACAACAAAACACAUCCAUCAUCACAUGUACCGAACUUAAAAAAAUCCAAAACCCUGUUGAACUUAGUCACUUACGUUACGUAUCAAAACAGAAUCUCCAUGUGCUUUCACUAGAAUAAACCCUUUUAAGUUUAUCCAUUAUUUAAACAACAACAAUUAUUUUUCCACUUUACUUUCCUGUUUACAUAACAACCAACGACUAUCUUCAUCUCCAUUAACACACACAAAAUCAGGUCAAAAUAUCAACAAUGACGUCACUCUCAAUCUCCAUGAUUCUUGCAUCAGUUCUGUUCGCGGGAUUGUUGACCGCUGUACAAGUCAACGGCGACAGCGCAGUUGAAUUGGUGGCGACUGUUGCUGAACAACGGGAGUUUGAUUACUUUGCUUUGGCUGUUCAAUGGCCCCCAACUUACUGCACGAAAUCGACUAAAUGUUGUGAUCAAAGCGGCUGUUGCCGAGGAGAAGAUUCUCCAACGUGGUUCACAAUCCACGGACUAUGGCCAGAUUACAACGAUGGAUCAUGGCCAUCGUGUUGUUCAGGUCCCGCUUUUGAUGAAACAGAGAUUUCUUCAUUGCUUAAUGUUUUGGACAAGUAUUGGCCAACACUAAGUUGCAGUAAAGCUUCAACAUGCCAUAACAAAAAGGGACUGUUUUGGGCUCAUGAGUGGGAGAAACAUGGUACAUGUUCCUCCGCAGUAACAGGCGAUGAAUAUAGCUAUUUCGUGACAGCCCUCAAUUUGUAUUUCAAAUAUAAUGUCACGGAAGUUCUUUUUGACGCUGGAUAUGUACCUUCGAAUUCUGAGAUGUACCCGUCAGGUGGCAUUACUGCUGCUAUUGAAAACGCUUUCCAUACAACCCCUCAAUUGGUCUGCUUAAAGGGUGCUUUAGAAGAAGUCCGUUUGUGUUUAACAAAGGAUUUCAAGUUUCGAGACUGUGUCGCAGCUAGCGAUUGUCCUGAGUAUGUGAGCUUACCGACAUUUGCAUCCUUGGAUGCCACCAAGCCUGCGGGUCGAUUGAUAUCUGGCGCUGAGUCCUCUUGAAUCAUUUGCGUAAUGGAUGUAUUUCAUAACCUUCCCUAUUUAUCUGUUGGUGUUCUAUUUUAUAGUUGUAGAAUACCAGUUUCAUUGAUUAAGAAGUCAAAGGAGAUGGUGACAGCACCUCCAUUGAUGUACAUUUGAGUACUGAAGUCAAGGUUCCUGAAUUAAUAAUUUUAUAUAUCACAUGGUUCAAUUGUUUCA